CGACUGUUCGUACACUUGCUCGUCAGCGAGAUGAUUCAAGUGUUUCGGAGGCCGUAUUUCAAGACGAUGGCAUUAAACAACUCGACGACCUGUUGCAAAAUAACCCGCACUUGCAAAGGUAAGUUCUUUUGCGUUCGCAUAAAGAAUUGGCGUGCAUUUAUCGUUGUGGAGGCUKUCCCGCUAUUUGUUUUUGCAAAUUUGGUUAGGAUGAGGCCAUAUCUUAUUGGUGUCUCCUCAUCUUGUCGUGUUUCAUAAUACAACAGUCAGAAAGACGAAGAAAGAGAAAUGUUGGAAAAUCUUCCAGACGAAAUAGUUGCUCCUUACUUCAACACAAAGCCCAUGGAAGAAGAUGAACUGACUAAAACCGGUAUCAAUUACAAGAAAAUACURGCAGCCAGAACAGGAAAGAAGGGGGAAGAAGGAACUGCCCCAGCUCCAGCACCACUCGAACAGCCUGCACCGCCGGCCCCCCAACAACCGGAACCUGUAGUUGCUCAGGUGAGUACUCCUCCUCCACCKCCUCCAAAGCCGGAACCAGUUCCCGAACCCGAACCUGAGGUUCCUCGUCCAGUUACUGUGACAUCUARUAAAGAUGGAAGAGUUCAAAACAUCCGAACGCUCAUGGGAUUGACACUGAAACAUCGCGGAGGACCAGGUUUCGGCGGAGGACGUUUGAAGGGACCGGACAUCGACCUMUUUGAGGGCUUGGUCGAUGAAAUCUCAAACAUGUUAGGAGAGGAAGCAAAGCUUGCACUACCCCCUAUCGACACACCAGCCAUUCCAACAAUGGAAGCAACCCCGACUACGGUAGCGCCUCCGGUUACUGUACAGGCUCCUGCARCUGUUCCGGCUCCUGCGGCCGUUUCGGAGCCCGUAGCUUCCAGUACCGAAGCUGCUAACAUCGACAGUACGAUUGCGUGUAUCGAAGGUGCUAUCACGAUGUACAACAAUAGUCCACCUGCAAUCCGAGAGAGCGUCCUUGUCACUCUACGUGCUGCGCUUAUGUCAGCGGUCGAUACAUGCAAUAUUGCAUUAGCUCAACCAGCAACWCCUGUCGCGGCAAGUCCAGAUGGCAGUAUUGAAGGGAUGGUAGCAUGUAUUGAGGGAGCCGUAACUAUGUACAAAAACAGCCCUCCUGCAUUGAAAGACAGCGUAAUGGUWACGCUUCGCAUGGCACUGAUGUCAGCUGUGGAAACAUGCAACGUAAUUAUUGGAGACGGUCAAGUCGCUCCUCCCCCACCGCCUGCCACACCGGCACCCGUAGCACCUCAGACUACUCCAGCGACUAGCGUAGCACCGGAACCUGUCACACCUCAGGCUCAAGCUCCUCCAGCGACUAGUGUGGUGCCAGAGCCCCCUGCGCCUCAGGCUCCUCCAGCGACUAGUGAAGCCUCGCCACCUACGGAAGAAAACAGCAAGGCUUUGGAAAGCGUACUCGAAAAAGUAAUCGCCGCUUCCGGAGAUGGAAAGCUGGGACUUCGCAGUGAUCUAACAGMUACCGAAGCUGAUGAGCUGGCCGAUCAACUAGUAAAUAUGCGAGGAAUUUUGAUGGAUGAGUUGAAUUCAGACAAACCUGCUCCAGACUCAUCACAAGCUAGUCAAGGAACAGCCUCAAAGUAUGAACAGAUGCUUGCCAAGGCAAGAGCUGAGAAGGCCCAAGCAUGAUAAUUCUGAGAGCGAGUUACUCCAAAACAGUUUG